CUGUCAUUAGGAAGCAAAUAUUGUUGGGUUUCGCGAGAAGAAGUCAGAGUUGACCUCGGCGCCAAUUUGCAUGCAGAAACUUCCGUCUCCUUCCUUCAAAAUAUUGAUGGUCUCCUGCCAUCGUUCGAAGGAGGUUGGCUGAGCACGAUGCUACAAUGGUGUGUGGAUGAAAUGCACCGUAAGCUGCGUCAUGAUGCAUGCAACCCUUGCAAAGCUGAAUCCCAGCUGAGGUUAGCUCAGAGCGGCAUCCUAAGUAAGCAAGGCUGCGAGAAAUUUAGCUAUCGCAAAAUCCGUCAGCACCAAAACUAUUGAGCUUCAAUUGUGACUGACCGCCGCAAUGGAUUGGUCUCCGAGCCUUGCGUAGCGGAAGCCAUUGGGCACACCAACGGACGGCUUCCAACACCAGAGCACUUCAUGCUCGGGAACUCUCCCUGGCUGCCAAAGCCAUGGCGAACAAGCCUAAGCAGAUUCGUUUCGAAGAAGAUGGGUUCGAGGAUUGGUCAGACUCACCAAGCUCGCCUUCCCGUUCACCAACGCCCAGUGUCAGCUCCUUUCAACGCGACUCUCGCCCAAAACGCGGCACGACGCGCAUUCCUUCACGUAUUGUGUCCAAGCGCGCAUUGAUACAUCUUGGGUACUCCUUUGCCGAAGAUGGGGACACAAUUGUGGUUCAGCUGGCACUCGGACAGGACCACAUUGAGGAACUUCUCGAACUGAGUAAAAGAAUUCGAAGUUCAGACCAAGGGGCUUCUGAAUUCGGCGAAAGCGAUGAGGCGGGCCCCCGAGAUGAAGAUCAAGGCUUUGACUGGAUCAACGUCAACGCACCUGAUACGGAGACGCCGCAGCUAGAGACGGGAGAAUUCGAGGACUUCUCUGCACUCGAGGACAGGGAGUCGACACUAGAUGACACGGAUUGGGAUUGGGACGAUCUUGAAGGUCCAGUGAUCUACUCAGGGGUUCUAAACCUGAACAGCACAAAAUCAUCCAUGGAUAAUGACAUGAACUCUACUGCCGGCAAGCUUCUGGCUUGGAAUCAAGAAAAGUCGGAUCUCAUCAAUGGAGCUAAGACGGAACUCAGUACAGUGCAUGCAGCAGAGUUCUACAUGGAUCGAGCCGGCAACCAAAAGAUCACUCUUGCCUGCCCGGAAGACUAUGAGUUUGGGGCUACAGACGAUUCCCUUGUUCGGUUACGAUGGCUGUGAGAAUAACCCGAAUCAUGAGGCAAAUGUCGAAUCUGACAAAAGAUACUUUAGACACGUACAGUCCGAGUCCUUGA